GCGCGCUCCUCGCGGGCGAUAGGGGGCGCGGGUCGGCGAAGUCGGCUCUUUCCGGGGCCUGUGUGGCCCGGGUGGCUAGAAGGAAGAUGGGGCUAGAAGCCGAGUCUGAGGGGUACCCCUAACCCCUCUGACCGAGGUCCUGCCGCUUUCGCUGCAGGAACCUCCUUCUCAGGACCUAGUGCGUUCGAGCGCCCUGUUGGCCUGGGCCCCGCGAGUGAAAUGGUCGCCAGGGUUCACGGCGUCGGGCUUCCGCGCGCCCCGUGAAAGGAACUGGGGAGCCUCGGAGACCCCCCCCAACUCCUGACGCGGAAAACUCCGCUUGGUGAGAACUGGGGCUAUUUAAACGGCGCCUCUUGCUGGCUGUACACACUGGCCUUGGAGAUUCGUGCCUCGAGCACAGACGUGCAGCUCUCCCUCCCGAUCCAGGCAAAUGUGCAAUACCAACAUGUCUGUUUCUACCGAUGGUGCUGUAAGCACCUCACAGAUUCCAGCUUCGGAACAAGAGACCCUGGUUAGACCAAAGCCAUUGCUUCUGAAGUUGUUAAAGUCUGUUGGUGCACAAAAAGACACUUACACUAUGAAGGAGGUUCUAUUUUAUCUUGGCCAGUAUAUUAUGGCUAAAAGAUUAUAUGAUGAGAAACAACAGCAUAUUGUGUAUUGUUCAAAUGAUCUUCUAGGAGAUUUGUUUGGAGUACCAAGCUUCUCUGUGAAGGAACACAGGAAAAUAUAUACAAUGAUCUACAGAAACUUGGUAGUUGUCAAUCAGCAGGAACCAUCAGAUUCAGGCACACCUGUGAGUGAAAACCGGUGUCAUCUUGAAGGUGGAAGUGAUCAAAAGGACUUUGUGCAAGAGCUACAGGAAGAGAAACCUUCGUCUUCAGAUUUGGUUUCUAGACCAUCUACCUCAUCUAGAAGGAGAACAAUUAGCGAGACAGAAGAAAAUUCAGAUGAAUUAACUGGUGAACGACAACGAAAACGCCACAAAUCUGAUAGUAUUUCCCUUUCUUUUGAUGAAAGCCUUGCUUUGUGUGUGAUAAGGGAGAUAUGUUGUGAAAGAAGCAGCAGCAGUGAAUCGACAGGGACUCCAUCAAAUCCGGAUCUUGAUGCUGGUGUAAGUGAACAUUCAGGCGAUUGGUUGGAUCAAGAUUCUGGCUCAGAUCAAUUCAGUGUAGAAUUUGAAGUUGAGUCCUUGGAUUCAGAAGAUUAUAGCCUUAAUGAAGAAGGACAAGAACUCUCCGAUGAAGAUGAUGAGGUAUAUCGUGUUACUGUGUAUCAGACAGGGGAGAGUGAUACAGAUUCAUUUGAAGAUCCUGAAAUUUCAUUAGCUGACUACUGGAAGUGUACUUCGUGCAAUGAAAUGAAUCCUCCCCUUCCACCACAUUGCAAUAGAUGUUGGGCCCUUCGUGAGAAUUGGCUUCCUGAAGAUAAAGGAAAAGAAAAAGGGAGCAUGCCUGAGAAAGCCAAACUAGAAAACUCAACACAACUAGAAGAGGGCUUUGAUGUUCCUGACUGUAAAAAACCUACAGUGAAUGAUUCCAAAGAAUCCUGUGUUGAGGAAAAUGAUGAUAAAAUCACACAAGCCUCUCAAUCGCAAGAAAGUGAAGACUAUUCUCAGCCAUCAACUUCUAAUAGCGUUAUUUUUAGCAGCCAAGAAGAGGUCAAAGAAUUAGAGAGGGAAGAAACACAAGACAAAGAAGAAAGUAUGGAAUCUAGUUUUCCCCUUAAUGCCAUUGAACCUUGUGUGAUAUGCCAGGGUCGACCUAAAAAUGGUUGCAUUGUCCAUGGCAAAACAGGACAUCUUAUGGCGUGCUUUACAUGUGCCAAGAAGCUAAAGAAAAGAAAUAAGCCCUGCCCUGUAUGUAGACAACCAAUUCAAAUGAUUGUGCUAACUUAUUUUCCUUAGUAGUUGAGCUGUCCAUAAAAGUUGAAUUAUAUAUUUCUAACUAUAUAACCUAAAAAUUUAGACAUGAAAUUUUUUAUUUUUUCAUCUAUUUGAGUGAGACAGUAUCUCCAUGUAGAUAUCUUUUCUGUAUUAAAAUUUACCUAGUUUGGGAGGACAAUGGAAUAGUUAGUUACGUUUAGGAAAACUACAUUUCUUCUUUAUAUUUUAUAAUUAAUUUAAUUAGAAUUGGAUAUAUAUCUCAUCCUUUACUCCAUCCCUCAUUUUAAAUCAUUUCCACUUCCUCUUAAAUGGGGAGUAUCUGAUCUUUUUAAAAAAUAAAGUGGUGCAUUGAAACAUAACUUAGUAUCUUUUUGUGAAAGGAGAAGAAAUUUGUAUGGAAGAUGUAAUACUUACAUUUUAGAUACUUUUAACUUCCAAUUCCUAGUUUAUCUUUUUCAGAACCUCUUAAAAUAUUUCCACUUAAAAAGAAAUUGUUAAAUUUGGUACCAUGUAAAUAAAAAUGCACUUCUCAUUCUCCAUUUCUUCUCAGUAUAGUAAGAGCUAGGUGGUCAUGAUGUCAGAUGAGAAGUCUUGAGAAUAACCUUCAUUUAUCAGCAAGACAAUACUUUUUAAGAGCCUCACUAGAAGAAUAUGGAAUUAUUCUAGAGGUCUAGUCUGUAUAUUAGGCGCUUUCCACACUUAAUUUAGUGAAAUCUAUUGUUUUCCCUCUUUUGGAAAGCGAUUUUUAUUUUUUUAGGUAAUAUUGGUUUACCUCAGUAUACAUAAUGCAGAGGUAAAAAAACAAUUCUCAGACACUUUGACAUACCUUCUUGGACUGGGUUGGUUACCUGGUUCUUGGUACUUACAUGAGUAUCAGACCUUUGUUUAAGGCCAGUUUUAAAAAUCCUUUAAUUCACAAAAACUAAUUCAGAAAUUUAAUAAUAGGGACUGUUCAUUUUUAAACUAGCAGGAAAUUUGUAACUUCUCUAAAUUGGGCAGAAAUUAUAUGUCAUUUCAAGAAUGAAGAGAUCAGGACAUAGGAUUUUGAAAUAUCUCAGACUGCAUAGAUUCACAUCUUGAUUUAUUACAUAAAUAUGAAUCUUAAGAAGAACCACUUUGAUUAGAGGUCCUGGUGUUUUUCUCCUAUAUGACAGAUGUACAUACUGAGAUGCAGACACUGCUCGCUUCGGCAGCACAUGUACUAAAAUUGAGAUGCGGACAGUAAGCUCAUCUAUUAAGUUUGUAGUAAAACUGGAAUAAUUUUGCACAAACUUGUGUGUGCUGGUUACAAACAGUGCAUUGUGUUAAACUUUAAAAAAACAAAUACCAUAGACAUACUUGAUUUACCCAAAUGGCUGAAGGAAUCAGUACCUUAGCUACAAAAUGAUCCUCAAAAACAUUAAAGCUUUAUUAAUUUGGGAUUUAUAAUACUAGGACUAAAUAGAAUUGGUCCUUUGUGAGAAGGAAAGGUUAAAUGUAUGCAAAUAGAUAACAUGUAGCAUCCCUGUGCUCUCUAUAUAUUACUAAUAUAGUCUUAUUGUCUGAAUUUUUAGGAUUAGUAUAUAUGUUAUUUAUUGAUAAAUAAACAAUUUAUUAAAUGGGCGACUAAUUGUUUUAAGAAUGUGGUUAUUAGCUCUUACACUUCUUCCAUAAUGUAAUGAGUUUUGUUAAAAUAGAAAUUGUAUUUGGUUUUUUUGUUUCUGUUUUUUUUUUUUAAAUAGAAAUUAUGUUUGAAUGUCAUCUUUUUUGGGUAAUCAAAGGUGCAAGUCUGAAUGUGUUUUAUUGGAAAGGCCAUGCCUAUCCAGUCAUCCCUAGUUAUCUAUGGGGGUGGGGUGGGCUUGGUUUCAGAAAACCUCCCCCAACCCCAUAGCAAAAUUCUUUGAUGUUCAAGUCCUGUAUAUAAAAAUGACAUCAUAUUUUCAUAUAAGCCUUUAUACAUUCUCAUAUACUUUAAAUCGUCUCUAGAUUGCUUAUACUACUUGAUGCAAUGUAAAUGCUGUGUAAAUAGUUAUCAUGUGGUAUUGUUUAGGGAAUAAUCACAAAAGAGUCUAUACCUGCAACAUUAGUAGGCCUAACUAUAUAGUGGUUUUUUGAUUCAUGGUUGAAUCAAUGCCUGUGGAACCCACAGACUUGUCGGCUUGACUGUACGCAUAUCAGUGGGCAACUUGAUGCAAUUGGGAGCCUUCAAAGCAUUGAAUAACACCGCCUUGAGAGAGUAAUUUUACAUUUUAGUAGGGGUGGGAAAUGCUAGUUUCUCCUUAACCUUGUUCAUUUAUGUUUAGGAUAUAGCAGAAUGACUUGAGUAGUUCUCAGCAAGUGAUAGUGAAAAGUCUGGAAGGAAUGUAGCCAGGGCACUUGUCAGCAUGAAGAACCCUAUUGUAAUUGCCUAUUUAUUUCUCUUUGUUAUCUGUGAAGCUAAAUUCUAUGAGGACCUCUUAAUUGUAAUACACAUAAAUAGGAGCUCAAUAGAACGAAUCAAAGCAUUGGGACUGAAUCUUGAAGCUCUCUUUAAAGCAAAGACCUCUGUGCCCCAAGCCAGAUAAGGAUUCACUGGUUUCGCUUAGAUUUUAUUUUAACAGGCAUUUUAUUUUAUUUAUUUUAUUUUUUUUAAUGUAGAGGCAUGUUUUUUUAUUUAUUUAUUUGUUUGUUUUUGUUUAUACAUGCACUGGGUACAGUCAGAAGUGCGGGAGGGUGAGAGGAUUCACCAGAGCCAGAGCGGGGAGCAGAGCAGGCAGAAGGACCAAAGUACACUGCUGAGGGGAGCAGCGGGCGGCAGGAGAGGUCUGCGCGCCAUGUGGGACCCCCCUCAGAUGGCCGGGGAGCAGCCGGGGAUCGAACCGGCGCCACAGAGGCCGUGGGCAGCUUCGCAACCCAGUGCUCAACCGCUGCGCCACCGGGGAGGCCCUUAACAGGCAUUUUAAAGGUAUUGAUUUGUGUUUAGGUUUGAAGGCUGGUGAUAACUGCAAGUUGUCAUGGCACUGUGUUGUGAAGCAUUUGUAGUUGCACUUUCUGGCAUGGAUUGCGUUUUUUGAUUCAUGGUUGAAUCUAUGCAUGUGGAACCCACAUUGGACUCGGAGCUGGGUUUUGAUUUAGUUCUUACAAAAGAGUACUUAACUCAGCUUAAAAAAGAAAAAUUGUUUAAAGUUUGUGGCUGUCAAAAAUCUGCAAAGAGCUGAUGAGACUCAACAACAACAAAGAAAAUAAUCCAGUCAAAAAAUGGGCAGAAGAGCUAAAAAGAAACUUCUCUGAAGAGGAAAUGCAAAUGGCCAACAGGCAUAUGAAAAAAUGUGCAACAUCACUUGUAAUCAGGGAAAUGCAAAUCAAAACUACCAUGAGAUACCAUCUUACACCAGUGAGAAUGGCACAUAUUAAAAAAACUAGCAACACCAAAUGUUGGCGAGGGUGUGGAGAAAAAGGAACUCUUCUGCACUGUUGGUGGGAGUGCAAACUGGUCCAACCACUGUGGAGAGCUGUGUGGAGAUUUCUGGACCUACUAAACAUAGA